AUGGACUACGAGCUCGCCAUUCACAACGCAGUUGCUUCCGUGUGGCCCUCCACUACCAGACGAGGAUGUAACUUCCACUACAAGAAAGCCCUCCUGAAGCAUGUUAAGCAGACCAACAUCUGGGAGGAGUACCUGACUCCAAACUCUCCUGUUCGGGAUUUCUUCGCGAUGACUGGAGCUAUUGCCUACGUACCGGAGACUGACGUCCCUCGAAUCUGGAGACACCUGAAGCCCCUCCUUCCUAUAGACAUGGCUGAGUUUGCUUCAUACUACGAAAACACUUGGAUCGGGACAUCAACCACCAAUCCUAACUUCGCUCCCCACAUGUGGAAUCAACACGAAGCUGCACAGAUGAGGAUUCCUCGCUCAUCCAACAUCGCAGAAGGUUGGCAUCACGGAUACCAUUCAAUGCUGUCCUGCUCGAAGCCCACAAUUUGGAAGUUCCUUGAUUGCCUUAAAGCAGAACAAGCCCUUACAGACGUGAAGAAAACCAAAAGAGACGGGCGGGAACUACCUGAGCCACGUGCACCCAAAUGGAUCCGUUAUGAUCGACAACUUCAGAGAAUUGUAGAUGAUUACGACAACUACAGCAACCCUAUGGAUUUCCUUAAAGCUAUCGGAAAUUUGACUAUGCUUUAG